GACGCCAGUACUGGCCUCGUAGGAUCCGACGAGAGUAAGCUGCUCCGUAGGCGGCUGCAAGUGAUGGCGUGCGCGUUAUCUGAUCUGACUUGUCUUGUCUGCAGUGUGUCUGAUAAUGACGAAAUGCCAGGCUGCAUGGAGACCGCAGCGAAGCUCGUCUUUUUCUUUCUCACUGGUGCUACCAAACUCCAACGAUUGAGCCUAGCAUUCGGAAGACUUGUUGAUGGCUAUCUUCAACCAACGUACGGGAGCCGAGAGAGAGCAGGCGAAAGGCUCCAUGGCGCUACUUUCACAUCUUAUUCGUCACUCGCGUCGGAAUCAGAUCUGCAACAUCGAACUGGAGAUAGCGACCGAUCGGAAUACAUUGAUGGGUUUUCUGCUUGUGCACAAGGAUACGCUUCGCCGUCUCACACUCGUACGCACGUCUCUCGUACGACUGGGAGACUAUCAAAACACGUGGGAGCCAACUCUUACAGAAAUUGGGCAACGCCUUUGCCUAGAGUUCCUCAGUCUCUCGACCCUCUGUGACACUAUACAAGACUGGGCGCCAGGUGUUUGUAGACGCAUGCUGUUCGAUAUAAAGGAUGACGUAUGGCAAAGCAAAGAAAGCGAGUUUGAAGCAUACCACAGCGCAGUAGUCGCGCGCGUACUUCGAGGGGAAGUAAUCGAUUCGCUCUAGACGCAUACUGCGGAGGCAUGAUUACAAAGUUAGUUAAUAUAGUUCUAUGGCGAUCCUCGCGCCUAAAGAAGGUACUUCCACACAAUAUGCUAAA